CUUGGUUUGGAACUCUGACUUAGAAGAGCUGGUAGGAACAGGUUUAGUAUCUAGGGGCUGGGUGGCUCCAAAUCACUAAUUUAGUGGGGAUCAAGGAACUGGGGCAAUACCGUAUUCUACACAGGGUCUGGAGAUCAUCUAUCCAGGCUGGGGCUUCUGGAGCAGGUGAGGACCCAGGGCCCCUGGAGGAACUGGUCCAGGGGACUGAAUUCCUGGUGUGUUCCCAGAGCAGAGCAUGAACACACUCCUGCCAUUGCUGCUGGGCCUCAGCCUGGGCUCCGCCAGAGCAGACGGUGGCUUUGUAGCCCAUGUGGAAAGCACCUGUGUGUUGGAUGAUGAUGGGACUCCAAAGGAUUUUGAGUAUUGUGUCACCUUCAACAAGGUUUUGCUGACCUGCUGGGAUCCCCAAAUGGCCAAAAUGACCCCUCAAGAAUUUAGGGUACUGAAUGUCUUGGCCAAUUACCUCUCAGAUUACCUCAACAGACAGGAAAGUCUGCUCCAGCGCUUGUCUAAUGGGCUCCAGGACUGUGCAGCACAUACCCAGUCCUUCUGGGGAUCACUGACCCACAGGACACGGCCGCCAACCGUGCAGGUAGCCAAAGCCACUCCUUUCAACACGAGGGAGCGCGUGAUGCUGGCCUGCUACGUGUGGGGCUUCUAUCCCGCUGAUGUGACCAUCUCGUGGAGGAAGAAUGGGCAGCCUGUCCUCCCUCACAGAAGUGCCCCUAAGCCGGCUCAGCCCAAUGGAGACUGGACGUACCAGACCGUCUCCCAUUUAGCCACAACCCCCUCUUUCGGGGACACCUACACCUGUGUGGUGGAGCACAUCGGGGCUCCUGAGCCCAUCCGUGAGGACUGGACACCUGGGCUGUCCCCAGUGCAAACAGUGAAGGUUUCAGUGGCUGCGGUGACUCUGGGCCUGGGCCUCAUCAUUUUCUCUCUUGGUCUGUUCAGCUGGCGGAGAGCCAGAUCCUCUGGCUACAUUUUCCUCCCUGGGUCCAGUUAUCCAGAAGGUCAACGCAUCUCCUAGAGGCAGGGUCCUACAACCUCCACUCCAAGGGAGGAGGAGAUUCAAAGUCUUAGUGAUGCUGCUGUACCCCCUCAACGUCCUCAGAGCCUCCGCAUUUUCUUGGAUUCUAGGUCUUCUCCAUCCAGAUCUUUGAGCUUCCCAGCCAACCCCAUGGAAGCCUUAGGGAGCUGGGGGACUCGUUCCUGGGAAUAUUCUGUAACCCAGGUAUCGUCCAAGGCUAUACUUCUGGGGCGAAUAUAGUCUGGGGAGGAAGGGUAAAGGCCCUUGUGGGGGCCACACUCUGCCACAGGGGCAGUGAGUCAUUGGUGAUCAUCUUGAGGAAUAAACUUUGGUGGAAAUAUCGUU